UCCAGCUCCAGCUAACCGCAGCCACCGCCGCACUCAGCCUCGUCGCCGACGACAAAGAGAAGCCAGCCCAUAUCCAGACACCCAAGCCAUGGCGAACGCUUCCUUCUCCCAGGCGGCCGCGAGCUGCAAGGCACGUAAGUUGACGUGCCUCUGCUCGCCGACCAACCACCCGGGCUCCUUCCGCUGCAGCCGCCACCGGACGCCCCGCGCGCGGCCGCCGUCAUUCUUGUCGCCCUCGGGCCGCGCCUUGCAUCAGCAGGCCGCAUCACCAGGAAGCAAGAGCGGCGGCGGAGGCAGGACGCCGAGCAAGGGGCGGCCCGUCCUGCGCGCGCACCUGCAGCGGCUGCUGGCCAGCCCGCCGCCGUCCUCCGGCGGCCGCUGCCGCGAGUUCAAGCCCCGCCUUUCCAGGCUCGGGCGCCUCGCCGUGAACGCGUGACUGCCGCCGGCAUCGUCGCCGUCGCUAGCCGUCUGCUCUACUUCGGUCGAAGGCAGCUCGUAGCCAUCACUAGUGGUGGACAUGACAGUGCGCCUCUUUUUCGCGCGCACUGGCUUAGCAGCUAGCUAGGACCGGGUAAUACUCUGGAAUCAAUGCUUUCUUAGUACUGUGAUAAACUGUUGAUGGGUUGAUAUAGCGAUUCUGUUCGUGCUCCUUGUAAUUUUUUCCUCAAGAUGGAAUGAAAAGGAGCAGAUUAUGUGUGA